UUUUCCGUUUCAGUCGUUUGCUAGCCUUGGCGCGUUCGUCACGCAAUUUUGGUCGUCCGGAAAAUCACUGUGGUGUAUUGUACUGAUUGGUUUAUCCAUUUUUUGCUGGUUCUGGUGGUGUGCUUUCACAGCCUCCACCAGCGCUUUAGUUAUGGCGAAGAGUGAUGGGGUAAAUCCCUCUUCGAUCGCUUGAAAGGGUGCACGAGGAGAAUAUUUUCUAGUGUAUGAUGCUAUAAAUAGAGUCGGUUGGUGAUACAAGGACGGAUGGUGUGGAGAAGUGGUGAUGCUGAAGGAAGGAAACAAACGGGACGAAUGAAAAACACAUUAGUGAACAUUUGAGGAAAGGAAAAAGCUCCGGAAAGCAGAAGAAAAUCCUUGCCACUGUGAAAAGCCAUCCAGAAACGCCUAAUUGAAACUUCGAAGCGCCACCCACAACCCAUCUGACUGUCGUUUUUAUCCUACGUACGGGGAAUUAAUGGAUACUCGAAUGGCGGAAAGAGCAUUCACAGGAGCAAUAACGAGUCACAAGUGUGCUAACUAAAACGCGGGUUUAUUCGGUGAGAAAUUAUAGCCAGCUCAACUAGUGGGUGCUAUGAGUUGUGUAUUUUGUGCCUGCACUUGGUAAAAAACCACCUGUCGAUUGCAAUUAGAAGUGAACCCACAACCACCUCACGUUCACUUCUCUCCGGACAUACACCUUUUUUAGCCAAUUGGCUUUGAAAAACCACAGGAAAAACAACCACACCAUUAACGGGAAACUGCGCUCCACUUGACGGGAUGAUCACUCGUUAGGGUGAUCAACUAGCUGCUAACGUACUGGAACAUAUCAAUUACUAGUCUUUAACCGCUCAUAAAUUAAUCGAGGGGGCUGAAACAACUCCAAGAGGUAACGAACUAACAGACAAGCUUUUCUCGUAGCGAAGUGAACACAGAUAUAAUAUCAAACGACAAUGCCAGUAGCAAAACGAAACACCUGAACAGAGACUUCCAGCGGCAAUCGCCGAGUGGAAAUGUUUUCAACACACGGAAUCGGAGGCUGGAAAAAAAUAUGUCGAAGGCGUAUUUCCUCCCAUUCUUCAUGUGUCACGCUACAGCUGUUCUCUGCAUGAGCAACUGAGUCUAAGAAUCGCACAAUAAUGGCAUUGAACACAUCUCCAGUAAAGAAGUGAUAAACAUACGAAGCUGGAUGGGAAACGUAGUUAUGGUAUCCAUGGGAACAUCUGUGUUUGAAUACUGGCGGUAGCUGCUAAACAUACUUACCGAAGAAACCGUAUUUUGAUGAGUGCAAAUAUACCCGUACAUAUAGCAACUAGUUUAAGGUAUUGAGACUAAAUAGCUUUCAGAUACGGUGUGAGUGCCAUGGAUAUACUCAACGAGACAGACUUUUUACCCUGUGACGGGUGACAAAAUGUGUAUUGUAGUAAUUUUAAUCAAGUGAAAGAAAAUAAAUCAAUUUUUAAUUAUACGGCCAAGCAUUAUGACUAGCUUGGUGAAGCGUGCCAAAGUGUAGUGAGCGUCAAUUUGGAAAAUUAAUUAGUACAAAAGUGUUACCCGGCGGUGAAAGCUGUAAAAAGCUUUGGAGUGCCCGAUUUUCAGGAGUGUUAUUUCCUGAAAUUCUACAAGCGCCAAUAGAACAUACCUGUAGGCAACUUGUGUGGCUGUCGGUAUUUUUUAAAUCUAUCGAUGCUCAGCCCAAAAAUGCAGCGAGCAAUUCGUGUCAACGAGCAUCAGCUGCUCAUGCUGUCGGACCGGGCGCAGUAUGACCACUCGAUGCACGGACAUUUAUAUAAACGCACAGCAGACAAUAACAAGUGGCAAUUGCGAUGGUUCGUUCUAUACCAGAAUUUACUGUUCUACUACGAAUCGGAGCAAUCAUGUCGGCCUUCCGGAAUGAUCUUCCUGGAGGGCUGCUAUUGCGAACGGCUUGUUUCAGCCCCCUCGUUGACCGGUCCGCCCAUUAGCAGUGGCAGCGGGCCGGGUACAAAGCCCCCUAAGGAGGAAAAACUUCAGCACUGCUUCACAAUAUGCUACCGGCGUGAAAACCAACGACAAUACGAGCUUCGAGCUUUAAACGAGUCCGAGUGCUCGGCGUGGAUCAUCGCCAUUAGAGAGGCAAGCUUCAACAAAUUACUACUGCAAAAGGAAGAGUUGGAGCAGAAGCAUGUUCAUCUUCUGCAGGUUGUCGAGAGCGAGAAGACGGCUAAAUGGCAGUACACUCAGCAGUGUGAAGAGCUUGCAUCCGAAAUACGUAAACUAAGAACUGAGUUAUGUCUGUUGCGAAAGGAAACUCGUUCGAGUUACUCGGCAACACCGGUGGGUAGAGGAAGUUUCAGCAUGCCGGGAGACAGCAUCGAAAAUGAUCAGUCAUCACUCCCUGGCCUGUGCGCUUCGGUGCACGAUUCCAUCGAGCUUCGAAAAAUUAAAAAGGUGCAAAGCUUUUUCCGGGGAUGGUUGUGUCGUCGCCGGUGGAAACAAAUUGUCGAAGAGUACAUACGGUCGCCGCAUGCCGAGAGUAUGCGAAAGCGGAAUCAUCUGGUGUUCAGCAUGGUCGAAGCGGAGGAGGAAUACCUGGAGCAACUGGAGGUUCUUGUUGCAUGCUUUCUGCGGCCAUUUAAAAUGGCAGCCAGCUCCAAACGGCCUCCGUGUUCGCACGAAGAUGUCAAUUCUAUAUUCCUUAACUCGGAAACGGUACUGUUCCUGCAUCAGAUCUUCCUCAAGGGGUUAACUUCACGACUAGAGUCUUGGCCGACGUUGGUACUUGUUCUAGGUGAUUUGUUUGACAUGCUUCUGCCGAUGUUGAGCAUCUACCAGGAAUACGUGCGCAAUCAUCACUACAGUCUGCAGGUGCUGACGGAGUGCAAGAGUAACUCGAACUUUGCAACGGUGCUUAAACGACUCGAAUCGAAGCCUGCCUGCCAGGGUCGUAGUUUGGAAACUUUUCUCACAUAUCCGAUGCACCAAAUUCCACGGUACAUCAUAACGCUACAUGAGCUGCUGGCUCACACUCCGCAUGACCACGUGGAGCGCAAAAGUUUGCAAAAUGCGCGCCAGCAGCUGGAGGACCUUUCGCGCCAAAUGCACGACGAAGUAUCGGAGACAGAAAAUCUGCGGAAAAACCUAGCUGUAGAGCGCAUGAUCGUCGAGGGGUGCGACAUUCUGCUCGAUGUUAAUCAAGUCUUCGUUAGACAGGGCAGUCUCGUGCAAGUACCACCAGGAAGGGGAAAAAUUCGCAGCCGGUUGGCUUCGUUCAAAAGUGAGCGGGAUGCCGUGAGGCAAUGUUUCUUAUUUUCGAACCACAUGAUUAUCGCCACAAGAACUUCUGGCGGCCGAUUGCACCUGCUGCCGGACGUGGGUAAAAUUCCGCUGGCGGAUGCUACCCUCGUGGAAGACCCAAGCGAAGUGCAGCACGACGAGGAGGAGGCCUCGGUUUGUUCGGCAUCGACUCGGGGCAGCACACUGAGUGUAUCGGAGUCGGUAAAUGCUGGCAAUCGCGAUUUUAAAAUUAUAGUGGAAACCAAGUCCGGCGCACGACACGGUAUUCAUCUAAUUGCUCCGACAAUUCAGGACAAGGAAGCGUGGAUUAGCGAUAUCUCGCAGUGCCUGGAUAACAUUCAUCUGCACUCGCUGCUAUCACCGGGAAUAGGUGGAUCGUCAGGAGGAUCCAUUUUUGCAGGGCACCAAGCGCUACGUGCCGAUCCGCGUCUUUUCAAAGACGACGUUGAUAUUCGCUUCUCGCGUACGCUCAAUUCUUGUAAGUUGCCCCAAGUACGUUACGCGACACCGGAAAGGCUUUUGCAACGGUUGACGGAUUUGAGAUUCUUAUCGAUCGACUUCCUGAAUACAUUCUUGUUAACGUACCGUGUGUUUACUGAUGGAGAAACAGUACUUAAUGCUUUGAAACCGGUAUUCUAUGACCCCCCGGUUGAGCAAUCUUGCGAUUGUGAUCAUCAGACGGAUUUCUUAGAGUUACCCUACCAGGAUGGACGAGCGUCGCCACGGAGAACAUCCGGUGCUAGCUCGGUUUCGGGGUACUGCUCCGAAGGUGCCGAUCGCGACCGCUCGAUGAGUGGCGAUUCCGCGGGUCUCCGUUUCCGCGGAUCCCGCCGUGGCUAUGCAAGCCAUCAAAGUUCGGAGCAAGAAACUCUCUCCUGGAUUCCGGAGCAGGUAGGACCAGUUAUAAUCCAUGGAGCCGCACAUCAUCAUGACAGCAAAGAGGAGAAGCAAAGCUCACCUGCCAAAGUCGACAACACCCACAUGCAGAGUAAAUCACAGCAUCAAAUCCAUCCGCAACCUCAGGAUGACUCGUACCUGUCGAUACCGAAAGCAAUGGCCGGAUCUAGCAGCACUGAUACGUUUACCGAAGCAGCAAAGAGUGGACCAUCAUCACCAUCGAAUCUAAGCAGUGUCACCCUUGUGGGAUCUACCGGAUCGGGCGGAGAGGAUAAGUCCGAAGAUCAGACUCCCACGGAAGGAACGUUCAAAUAUGGCAAAGUACCUACUUCACCAUUGCCAGAACGUGUUAAUCCCAAACAACGGAAAGAACCAUUGACGCCAACAAUUUGUACGACCGAUACUUCUAAUACGACGCAACAACAGCAGCACCAGCAGCUCCAACAACAGCAGCAGAUUAAAAUACCUCAAUCCCCACCAACGGUAACUACUACGCCAUGCCAUAAUCCGACCAGCAACAGCGUCCAACAACAACAACAUCAGCAGCAGACUGGUAAAGAGCAUGCAACGGUGUACCAAAAUGGACACGAAAGUCCGAAAAUAAUAACUCAGUCUUAUCUGAGCACUACAACCACGACAACGGUCACGAUAACGACGACAGCAACCACUACUGCAACUGCCAUCCAAAGCAUCUCGCCGCCUCAUCUUCUUCCGAUGGACCGGAGACCAAGCGUUGGCCACACGAUUGCGAUUCCGCAUGCAGCGCUCUGCCAGCAUCGACACAGCUUGCAGCUGAACGGCGAUGGCAGUUUCCUCGGCAAGGGUGGUGACCGACAGCAGCCCCCAAUCAGCAGUCCACGCCUGACGGCACGAAAGUUCUCCGCCCCGAAAACGCCGGACCGGCAGCGGAAGAGCUUCUUCGGAACGCCACAACGCGAAAGAGACACAUCGAGUUCGCGGCGAUUUUCCGAAAGCGAUGACGACAUGACAACGUCGAUCUUCACAACGCCCCGCGGUUCGGUGGGUGGCGUUUCGCUCAACACUCUCUCGUCUCGGGCCUCCAUGCAGCAUGACCACGUCCCGCACUGUUCCAGCAAGGUGGGAGUCGUAAUCACUUCCUAUCGUCAGUCACAACGCAGCAUGGGACCCGAUCCAUUGUGGAGUAGCACCUCAACGGCAGCGGCGGCUUUCGCAAUCGCUACCUCAGCUUCCAGUAACCCUAGGGACGAGCCCCCCGAAGUGGAAGCUAGGAAUCGGAAAGAAUCCGUUGUCAGUUCACCGGCUACAAUGCGCGUUCUGAACGUACUGCGGCACUGGGUGUCCAAGCAUUUUCAAGACUUCGAACAGGAUGCAACUUUGCGCUCGCAGACGAUAGCAUUUCUGGACGAUAUCACAUGUAGUCCGAACCUAUUGCCAACCGAGCAUAGAGCUGCAUCCCAACUGUUACGACUGCUCUGCCGCGAGGACAUCGAUAGCGGGAAACAACAGCUGGAUACGCUGCUUACACCACCACUAGUACCGAGCAAAGAGAGUAUUGAGACAUUGUCAGCCCUGGAAAUCGCGGAGCAGAUGACAUAUCUGGAUCAUCAAAUAUUUCUGGCCAUUCGGAGCGAAGAAUUUCUCGGUCAGGCGUGGAUGAAAUCCGACAAAAAGUCGCGUGCGGAACAUAUUAUUCUUAUGACGAAACGGUUCAACGACGGUUCACGGUUGGUGUGUUCGGAAAUAGUUUCGAGAAGCAACAUGACAGCGCGGGUAGCUGCCAUCGAGAAGUGGACGGCCGUUGCUGACAUCUGCCGAUGUUUGCAUAACUUUAAUGGAGUAUUACAAAUUUGUGCUGCCUUUACCAAUGCGGCUGUGUACCGACUGAAGAAAACUUGGGACAAAGUACCUAGAACAAUCAAAUCGACAAUCACCAAACUGCAGGCUGUGGUGUGCUCGGAUGGGCGUUUCCGGGUAAUGCGAGAGGCCCUGCACCGCUGCGAUCCACCCUGCAUUCCGUACCUGGGCAUGUAUCUAACCGAUCUUUCCUUCAUAGAGGAAGGCACGCCGGACUUUACACCGGACCGGUUGCUGAAUUUUUCCAAAAUGCGCAUGAUCGCGCACGUGAUACGCGAAAUUCGCCAUUUCCAACAAACGCCGUACAAAAUUGAUCACAUUGCGAAAGUUACAUCCUACCUCCUGGACACAUCGUUGCUGCUGGACGACGACGAGUUGUACCGAAAGUCGCUGCAAAUUGAACCGCGAAGUUCGCGUCUGAGUGCACCCAACACCGCGAAUGUUUAAACCGUGCAGAAACAAACAGUUGUAGAAAAAAUAAAUACCUAGAACAAAAGCGGAAGCGUGACUGCAGCGCAUUCACUAUUCGUAUAAUUCCAUUCGUCAGUUCGUUUUGCUUAGAGAGCGAUGCGCAAAAAAGUGAAUUGCUAGUGUUUGUGAUAAAGAGGAUUUAUUUUAAAUGCAUAACAAAAUUACCAUUCGUAUACCGUUAGUCUGUCAGUCAAUCAUCGGACUAAAAGGAAACUCUCCAAUUGUGUAAAGAUGAAACCAAUUAAAAGUUCCUCGUCGCAUCGCAGAGCCGACCACUGAGCUUUGGCGCAAAAGUGUAACUUUUGAUAGAUUCUUGAUAGCUGAAGCAGACAGUUGCCGUCGCCGCCACCACCGCCAAAGGUGCACCAGUGGCGCAACGUUUUCCACCUGCAUGCGCAUCGUCAUCGUCAUCGUCAUCGUGUUCUCUCCAGUGUUCAAUACCACCGAGGAGAAAAACCUUUUCCGGUACCUUCACGAUACAGAGGAGGAAAAAGUGCAAUCUGCAACUUUUGAAACUGCGAUCUACAACACUUCGCUGCGCUAUCCGAAGCUGUAAACGAUAUGCAGUUUCGACCGGAAACGCUUCUCAUCGUAACAGUGCGGCCAUAAAUCAAUGCAAUCAAAGUUCACUCGUCCGGUACCGAUGAUGAUUAGAACUGGCGAUGGUGCCGGAGAUAAUUACCGGUGCAAAGUUCAAUUAGUACUAGUAAUGCGGUGUACGUGUGAAUACGGAAGUUUUAUCCGCAUACCGGAUGCCCCUCUUUUGUUCCCAGCAAGCCUCACGUGCAGCUCCGAAGGACACUGUCGUGGCGUUCGCUGGAAAGGAGCAACAUUUUGCAAUCAUAUGUGAACAAGAGCUACUUUCAAAACUUACUAUUCGUAAGUACUAGAAACUAUUAUUAAAGUGUAUGGAUUUACCAGAAUCAUUAAGCAACACCGUCUUACUACAUAUACUAAACAUACAAAACCGCGACAGUUAACGCAACAGUCCGCAAUCAAACCAAUCAGUCUAAAUUGUUAUUUAAAUUGUUAUCAGUAUCAUAAUCUCCUACUAUGCCUUUCAUCGUUCAACAGUAGAAUUUUAUUCCCACUUACGGGAAACUAGAACGGAUACUUUGGCGAACGUAAUGAAGAACAUGUUAUCGUCCUCUUGUGAAAUAUAAAUAAUUAUAAUUACGGCGUUUCAUGCUGGUCAUAAAACGAUAAAUAUUUUCAUGAGCUGUUUGUAGUGAAUAAAACAAUUAUAUUUUACCUCAAGUAACACAAACCAUAACAUAAAUACAAAUGACUACCGGUGGCAAACUGAAUUGUCGUUAGCAACCCCUUGUAACUGGAAUAGAUAAGUGCCGGAGAUAUCUGUUGAAACGAUUUGCUAUUGUAGGUGGGAAACAUUGAAUCCAAUUAUGAAUGUUUGACAUCUGCAAUGCUUGAAUUCGUAAACAAAAAAGAAGAAAAGAUUCCAAUAUCCUUAAUCAACAAAGCUAAUCUCUACAUAUCUCCAAAUGACUAAACCCAUGAGAAAACAUAACCAAAGCGAAACACAAUGUUAACCUAUUGCAUAGUAAUUGACCUCAGAUGGCCAAAGAGAACGACAGGUGUAAUUGAACAAUUACGAAACAAAAUGUAACACGAGAUAAAUUUCGAUUGAAAGUACAUUACUCAACUUCAAACCUUCUUAUGAUAGCCGAUAGCAGGCUUUAGGCAGUAGUUAAAUCUCUUUCCCUUUUUACGUCCAAUAAUUCCACAGUUUGUAGAUGAGUAGAAAAAUAACUAAGUAAAAUAUGUUGAUAAGUCAAACACGACUUUUUCUUGAACGUUGGAAGCAAAUUUGUCUAAGAAAAUUGAUAAGUGGUAAUGGAAGAAAAAUGUUCGAUCAAUUGUAAGUAUCGUUCGAAAAUGCAGGUUGAAGGAAAUGAAAUGAAGAUACCAAUUGUGAUGUUCAACUCUAUGAAUUAUGUUUCCACCGCAGGAAAGUAGCGAUAUCAGAUAUAUCAAUUCAAAAAUGAAUAUAUGACCGAAUCCGUUGGACUGAUUCAAAACAAUCCUAAACUACGAGGGUCCCUUUUACCUGUUAACUAACUGUUAAAGUGUUAAACCAAGUAAAAAAAAAGAUGAAUUGUGGUAUAGGCACAAUGUGCAAAGCAAACAUAUUUUUAUGACAAGAUGACAAGUUUACUAACAUGUGACAAAAAUGCAACCUCUAACCCCAUUUUUCUAAUCCUUAUUGAAUAAGCAGAAAAGGAGUGCAGACAACAAUUAAAUCAAAAUGUUGUGACUAUUUGAUUGUAGCAAGGUUUUACAGCAGCCAAAAUAAACACGCUCUUUGCUUGGAACACUUCAAAUACAAUCAACUUUACACAGAAGAAUCAAGUUUAACAAGUACUCGUUUUACCUUUUUCGAAAGUUUAGAUACGGAAACUCAAAGCACUAGCUCGCAGUUUUGCUCAAAGUCCAUAGAUUAGCUCCGAUGGAUACAGCCAAAGAUACUCCAGAAUAAGAGUCAAACUCAACUUGUUAAAUCACUACACUCAUAACGUGCUGCAAAUAAAAGAAAAUCUUUUCUAAUUAAUGCAAAAAA